GCACUGUUUUAAAUAGAUUUUAAGUAACCUUACGUUCGGUCUUAGAAAAAUGACUUCCGAAUACCUGACUGGUUAUCAAAUACCGCUAAUAACAGCGCCGGGAGCCCAGCCGGAAAAGAUUCGUGAGAUUAUCAACGUUGAGCUGACUGCGCCUUCAGUCAGUGCCAAGCGUUUGCUGCGUUCCGGGAAGGAAAAUCCAGUGACAAAAAUGGAGACCGAUUCGGUUGAGCUGAAGGAUACUGAAUCUAUUCCUGCGGUUGUAACGCAGCGCAAGCUGAAAAGGAAGCUAAACGAAACAGAGGAGGGCGAGGGCAAUAAUUUGGCGAUGUUUCAGGGUCGCGAUGAAAGCUACCCGGAAGAGCUGAACAAAUUGAUUCAGCCGCUGUCCUGUCAAUUAUGCAAGGCACAGAUGACCUCAAUGAAAAGCGCCAAGGAUCAUUACGAGUCCAAGGCACACGAUCGUCACAUCAGCGCGUGGCUGGCCAAAAACUACACCGAGGUGGGCCUGCAGACGCCGCCCAUCAAACGCCUCGUGAAACAGGGCCCAACAGGCCCGAAUGCAUUCCACUGUAAUCUGUGCGACCUGGCGCUCACAUCGAUGACCCAUGCCCGCCAGCACUAUGCCGGGCGCAAGCAUCAGCUGGUGGUACAGAAGCGUUCAAAGCCGUCUGGAGCUGGUUUCUACAAUGAGGAGGGCAAAUGGGUGCGCACUGGCACAAAGGCGGAAUUUGUUACCGACGACUGUCGCUUUGGCAUUGGCGAGCUGUUCAUCAAGGCGGCGGCAUCAGCAGAACUGCAGGAGGUACUGGCCACCAAUGGAGAGCAGCAGCAGCAGCAGCAGCUGGAAGUUAAGAUGCCUGUUGUGGAUGAAAGCCUCACCUGUAAAGUAUGCAAAAUCAGCGUAACAUCCGCAUCGCAAAUCAAAAUGCAUCUCGACGGUGCCAAGCACCAGAAAAAUCUACGCAAGCAGCUCCUCGAGGAGGAGGCGACCACUCUUGACGCAAGCGGCGGCCAGCAGCAGCAUUCACUAGCCGCUGCGGUCGCCAGCGACAUAAAUGGAGACCUAUCCAUGUAUCGUACACCUUCCGGGUCGUAUUAUUGCAAGCUAUGCAAUAAGGCCAUGAAUCACAUAUCCAUAUUGCAGCAGCACUUGCAGGGCAAGAAGCACCUAAAGACUGUGCGUCAGCAGACAGACAAAACGAUCUCCUCCCAAUAAGCAAUUAACCCAACUAUGCAUGAAUAAAGCCAUAGAUGCUUAGACCCAUUCA